AUUUUCACUUCAAAUUUUCUUAGCAAAGCAGAAGAAAGAACAAAAAAAAAAAUGUUGGCAGUAUUCCAUAAAUCGGUGGCGAAAAGCCCGGAGGCAUUAGCACAGAGCCCGGAAGCAGAAUCUUCAGUAUCUGUGCUGAAAGAUGGAUUCUUGGACAGCCAUUUCUCUUCCGUACACCCCGGCUCCGUCGUCAUCAACCUCGCUUCUUCCGGCUUCAUCGCCUAUUCUUCCGACAAACAGAACCCUCUUCUUCCUAGGAUAUUUGCAGUUGUGGAUGAUAUAUUCUGCUUAUUCGAAGGCCACAUCGAAAAUGUGGCGCAUCUGAAGCAGCAAUACGGGUUAAACAAGAACGCGAACGAAGCGAUUAUUGUGAUCGAGGCUUACAGGACUUUGAGGGAUAGAGGUCCGUAUCCAGCCGAACAAGUCGUGAGGGAUAUUCAAGGGAAAUUCGCUUUUGUUCUUUUCGACACUAGUUCGAAAACCACAUUCAUUGCUUCUGAUGCUGAUGGGAGUGUACCCUUCUUUUGGGGAACUGACGCUGAAGGUCAUCUCGUUUUCUCGAAUGAAGGUGAAGUUGUGAAGCAAGGUUGCGGCAAGUCUUUUGCCCCAUUUCCCAAAGGAUGCUUCUUCACAUCGUCUGGAGGUCUACGAAGCUACGAGCAUCCGAUCAACGAGUUGAAGGCUGUGCCAAGAGUCGACAGCAAAGGAGAGGUGUGCGGUUUGACCUUCAAAGUUGAUUCAGAGUCUCGUAAAGGAAAAACUGCAAUGCCAAGAGUCGGAAGUGAUGCAAAUUGGUCUAAGCACUACUGAAACAACAACUACUACGCCUUUCGUUUAUUUGUCUCUGUAUGGUUUUUUGCUGAGGUUUACGAAUUUCAGCAGUAUUUGUGAUUUAGCCGUAUGAAGCGUAAAUCAUCGUUUCUUACUAAUUCUGCUCCGUACUCGAAAAAAAUUCCGAUGACGCCAUUUUUUAUGGUCUUGAGUAAACAAUAACACUUCUUUUGAAGCAAUAAUAAUGCAUGGAAUAUUGGUUUUGUAA